GUCAUUAAGAAUCUUACCUUCGAAAAGUUUUCGCAAUCGCUUAUAAAAUGCUAUGGAUUAACUAGAAAUCCAAAUACACAGGAUUUUAUGAUUGUACUUCAACAUAUGGAUAGUAACUUGGGUGAAUUCCUAAGAACAAAUGAAUUAUCUUGGAAGACAAGAUUUAAAAUG